CAAGUCAUGGAGAUUGCAUAUCUAUAAUUUAUUAUAAUAAUUACUUACCUUUACUAUGGCGAUGUGAAAAUAACCAUAUAUUUACUGCUACUCUCAAUGCUAUUAAAAAUCAACACACCUGGUGUCCUUUCUGUUCAAACAAACAUGAGGAUUUAUGUCGCAAAAUCAUAACAAAAUAUCUUGGUCCACCUUCGCCAAUUCGUAAACCCGAUUUCUUAAAAACUCCAGAAUACCCAACUGGACUAGAACUCGAUAUCCCAUACUAUGAUUACGGCUUUGCGAUUGAAGUGCAAGGUAUACAACAUGAACAUCAAAUCAAAUUCUUUCAUCCAAAUUUUGAAGGUUUCAAGAAACAGCAAACUCAGGAUCAACUCAAGGAAGAACUCUGCGAAGAAAAUUGGAUAGCAUUAAGAUAUGUUUGGUAUUAUGAAGACCCAUUUGAGAAAAUUCCAGUUAUCCUUCGAGAACUGG